CGUUGUUCUCCACUGCCCGCCAAACCCUCCCGAAUCCCAUUGCCAGCCCACGCCGACAGCGCCGUUCCCACUCGCGAGCCCCUUCUCCCGACGCCGGCGCCGCCGCGGGAACCGCCCGCCGUUCAGGCCCUUGCCUCCCCCCGCGCCUAGGCCAUAGGGUAACCCCCGCCACAAGCGUACAGACACCUCCCCUGCCCCGUCGGUGGCACCAAGCAACUACCACCGCCGCCUGAGGCACGUACCCAUGGCGGAGACCAGCGAGAGAGACCAGUACACGGUCGAGGAGGAAGACAACCCAGAGGAGGAGGAGCUGGACGACCAAGGCCUUGGGAGUGAAGACGAGGAAGGAGGAGGGGGCAAGAGGAAGCGGCCGUGGGAGAGCCUGGGCGGGUUCGGCAAGCGCGGGGUGUGCUACCUCAGCCGCGUCCCUCCGCACAUGAACCCGUCGCACGUCCGCCAGAUGCUCUCCAAGUACGGCGAGGUGCUGAGGAUUUACUUCGUGCCCGAAGGUCAAGGUCAUCGCAAGCAUACUACUGUUAAAGCGAAGGCUUACUCCGAAGGGUGGAUUGAAUUUGCAAAGAAAAGUGUUGCCAAGAGGGUGGCUAAUCUGCUUAAUGGUGAACAAACAGGUGGGAAGAAGAGGUCUUCAUUUUAUUACGAUAUUUGGAACAUAAAAUACCUCAGGAAGUUCAAAUGGGAUGAUCUGGUUGGUGAAAUGGCUGAGAAGACUCAUAUCAGAGAGCAGAAAUUAACCUUGGAGAUAGCAGCUGCAAAGAAACAACGUGAUCACUACCUGUCCAACGUUGAAAAGUCUCGUGUAUUGAAACAUAUUCAAGAGCGCAGGAAAAAGAAGCAGAAGACAGAAGGAACAGAUCCCAGUAAUGUCCUUGAGACAAAAACUGCUCGUCCAAUUCGUCAAAAUAAUCCAGUUGGGGAGACAAGUGCCAAAACUAAAUUGAAUCUUUCUAAAGACAUUUUAGCCGGAGUGUUUGGUUGUUCGUCAUGAUCACUUUCUAUCGACAUGGGUCAGCACAUGCCAAACUGAAUGGAGCAGCACAGAUCAUAAAGUUCUUCAUAGUCUGCUUCCUUUUUUUUUUUAGUUUAAGCCAUGUUUUUUUGGUAACUUAGGUUCCUGCUUUCAGUAUCCUCAUGUCCUCCUGAUUCUCUAGAAGGUUUUCUGGGACCUGAUAAUGAAUGUGAAUGGUUUGACGAUUGCCAAUGCUGUUUGAUCAGCAAUCUUGGUUGUAAUACUGAAACAAGUGUACUCUCGUCUAGUUGAAACAAUAUAUGUCAUGAGGGUUGCUAUUA